AUGAAGUUCGCCGUUGUGUUUGCCGCCAUCCUGGCCGUCACCCUGGCGGCACCCGCCGACGAGCGGGACGCCCAGGUGUUGAAGUACGAAAACGAUAACCUCGGUCUCGAUGGGUACAACUUCCAGUACGAAACGAGCAACAACAUCAACCGCGUCGAGUCGGCCCAACUGAAGCAGUUUGGCGAAGACGUCCAGGCCCUCGUCGUGCGGGGUUCCUACUCGUACACCGGCCCCGACGGCCAGGUCUACACCGUGAACUACGUGGCGGACGAGAACGGAUUCCAGCCGGAAGCCGCGCACUUACCGCAUGCCUAAGACACCCGCCCCUAGCAGCGGUAGUAGCACCAGCUGACUGUCCUGUUCUGUCUGCCCUUGCCUGUGUUCGCCUGUCCCCUGUUA